GCAUUUAAUUAGACGAAGCUUUAUGACUGACACGACUAACAGGUGCUGUUCUGUUUCCUCUGACAUGAGUCAGCAACCUGUGCUCUUGUUGAGAGUGCGUUUGGGAAGCUGAUGAACGGCAUCCAAGAAUCCUGCAUGAAUAUUUAAUUGGAAAGAGGAUGCGACUUUAAUUGUGUUUGCGGGUGACGGGCCGCAUGAUAAUCCCAAUACAGUCAUCAGAGCAGAACCACAGCAGGAGCCCCGACUGACUCACUGCUCCUCAGUCACUCACUCACUCACACUAUAAAAUGCCUUCGAGGAGACAAAUAGUUGGACUGACACAGGGGGCUGUGUAAAGACGGAGGAGGAGGAAGCCGCGAGCUCCGAGGAAGACUCGAGCUCGUUUCGUGGAAGUGGGGUCUGCAAAUGGUUUAAUGUGCGGAUGGGCUUCGGCUUUCUGUCCAUGACCCAUCGGGAGGGCAUCUGUCUGGACUCACCCGUGGAUGUGUUCGUCCAUCAGAGCAAGCUUCAUAUGGAGGGCUUCCGCAGUCUGAAGGAAGGAGAAGCUGUGGAGUUCACCUUCAAAAGGUCCUCUAAGGGUCUGGAGUCCUUAUGGGUGACGGGGCCAGGCGGGGCACCGUGUGUAGGCAGCGAGAAGAAACCCAAGGGAACCCAAAAACGCCGUUCAAAAGGAGAUCGAUGCUUCAACUGUGGAGGGCCGAAUCAUCACGCCAAAGAAUGCCAGCUGCCCCCUCAGCCAAAAAAGUGCCAUUUUUGCCAAAGCAUCACCCAUGUGGUGGCCAACUGUCCAAUCAAAGCACAGCAGUUGUCACCGGGAUCUCAGGGGAAAUCAACAGCCUCCACUACAGGAGAAGAAGAGGACAUGAGCCACACCCCCUUCCCUCCCGACAGCUCUGAUUAGUCGGGGAAGGUUGUCAGGGAAACACAAGCACCAAUCAAAAAGCUUCAAUGGAAAGCUGCUUUUGGAACUAACUCAGGUUUUUCUUUUUCAAACAGCAGAAAUGAAUGUCGCCGCUCACUUUUGUACUUUAGUCAGGAAAUUAACACCAGUUCAAACUAAUAUAGAAUAUGAUACUUAGAAAAAUGUGAUCACCAUCAUAUCCAUCUUUAUUUUUGACAGUCAUCUCAGUAAAAUGUCUGCACCGCAGCUUUGCGAUCUGCGAAUUCACACAAUUGAUUUGGGAUGAACCAGAUAUUUCAGAUGGAUAAUCAUGAAACAGAGGGCAGACCUCACAAAAACAUCAAAUUCAGAAAUUAUAUUUUGCUUAAAUGACUUUUAUUUUCAGCCUUAGCUAGCAAAGUGUCUUAGAUUUGUACUGAAACAAUCGAAACGCAUCAUGUUUACUUAUUGUAAUAGGCCUGGAUGUUUGUGAUGCUGGUGAAAUGCAUCUCUCUCUUGCUUUGAGAUGGCAAAAUCAGAGCUGUUAUUCAAUCUGACUUGCCUUUUUCUUUUUCUUCCUGAUGCUGUCGGAGACUUCUUCUGAUUGUGGUUUACACAGGCCAAGUGAAUGUUAAAAUGCUGUGUUUGUGCAUAUCUUACCUCAGCCUCUCUGUAUCAUCAGUGGAAAUAUUUGGACUGCACUGUCAUUAGUUAGUUACUUUUUAAUGCUGUGUCAUUGUAAGGCUCGAUCUUAUUUAAAGAUCUGGGAAAUUCUAGGCCAAGUCCAGAAGAAAUCCACCAUAUUCCCAACUGGUACUUGAAAACUAGAGCCAAGACAACAGCACAUGUUUUUAUGAUAAUCCUUAUGUAACGUCAUAUGAGACACUGGUGAGGUAUCAGGUUUGUUGAAGCUUAUUCCAAGAGGAGAUCCUGACUAACUCGAUCUCACUUUAUUGUAAAUAACAAACUGUAAACUAUUUUGAAACCACUGUUAUUUAUUUGUAGCCACACAAACUGACCUCAGACUCUGUGAUGCUGCGAUUGACUCAGUUUGCUCUCAGUCACAACAAGAGCUGAAUCCUUCUGAUAAUUAGUUCAUAGUUAAAUGUUUUAUCUGUAGUAGGGAAUUGAUUGACAGCUGGUGACUAGAAUCAACAGUGUUUAAACUAUGCUGAGAAGAAUUUUGAUGCACUAAUUUUUAUUUUUGGCCUAAAACAGUGAUUUCAAAAUAUUUUUGUAUGAUUUAUCCCCAUGACUGCAUGAAGUUCAGGUUUGUUCUCGUUUUAACGGGGAGCAACUGAGCAGUCAGGCUUCACUGUGUUUGAGGAAAGUGUCUAGUCUUUGGCAAAUGAAAGCAUAAUAAAUCGUGUGUUUAGCCUUUUUGUAUAUUUGACAUGAUCCUCAAACUUUCAGAAACUCAGUGGAUGGAUAAAUGCACAUUUGUCCCAUUCUUGCAGCAAAGCACAACUGGUUUGGUUUCAAGCACUGUGUGUGUUUGAGCACAGGUUGAAUGUUACAAUGGUUGGUUAGUAACCUCAAAACUAACGGCACAUCACUGCUCCACAUGAGUGUUUUGCUGUUUGAAGGCUGAUUUGGCCCUCAGAAUAACCUGAAAUGGUUUUAGUAUGUUUUUGCAUGGAAGUAGGAGUUAGAAUAGUUGGAUAUAGUGUUGCAAACUUGAAGUUUUCAGUUUAAAGGAUGUGAAAGGUUUCUUUCAAAUUGAUAAGAUUGUAUUCUAUCUCAGUUCAUGCCAUUAUUGUAUAUUCCUUUAUCAUUUCAAUAUUGUAUUGUAUUGUUUCUUUUUUUUAUCUUUAUUUAAAAUGAGAACAAGAUGCAUUACUUGUUUUGAAUCUAUACAAAUCUACCUCAGGGUGUGUUGACAUGUAUUAAAUGGACAUUGUUACCAGAACACUGUCCAGUUAAGUGUGUGUGUGUGUGUGUGAGAGAGAUAAGUGAGUGUGUGCUUUAGUUUUAUUUUUCUAGGUUUAAUGUAUUUAAUUAGAGACGUGCGAUAGUUUGCAAUGUAGCUGCACUGUUUAAACUCAGUUUUGGUCAAAUGUGUGUAAAUUUGUGGUUUACAUUUAGGCCAACUGGCAGGAGAAGUGCAUCUGUAAUAUCGCUCCAGUACGCUUAUAAUUUUUUUUUUUUUUUUUUUACUGUAAUGUACUCUGAGAUUGUUAACUCAGGAAUAUGUUAAUUAUUUCUUGUUUGGUUUUAAUUAAUGAAGAGGAUAAUCAGUGUUGGUGACCUUGAUUGUUUUAUUAUUAUAAUUAUUCUCAUUUUUUGUUGCUCGCUGAUGCUUAGGGCUCCAGAUGCUGCACAAAUAUGAAGCCCUGCUCAUGUUCAGUUUGUGUGUACUUCAGUCAUCUUGUGUUGUCAUUCAGGACUGUUUGUUACACGUGUGUUUUAUAAAGGCAAAUACGUUUAGUGUUCCAGUGACUAAAGAAUGUAGCCACAUUGAAUACGGAAAAAAAAUAGGUGGAGCUCUGUUUAUGGAGUUUCCUCUGCUGUGAUCCAUGUUGAGUGGUUUCAGAGAGAACACUUUGAUUUUCAGUUCAUCGUGACAAAGCAUGCAAAGAAUGAUGUGCCCAAAAAUGUGGUUUAGUGUUAACAUUGACAACUGCUUUCUAGUGAAUAAAUAUCUUUUUAUGA